UAUGUAAUAUACAUUGCGUUAAAUUGUAGCUAACUUGUUUAUGAUUAUUAUCACCAAUUUCUGUUGCAGAUGAUUAUGUUUGUUAUUUGAUUGUAACGGCUUUCGUAUCCCGGCCCGCUCGAUAACCAACACUAUUCCCCUUUCUAUAUAUAUAUAUAGAUAGAUAUUGUUAAUGUAUGUAUAGAUUGUGAGAAUAUUGUGUUGAGCUGAAAAAAAAUGGGGGAAAGUGUUGUUGAUGGUGGAGGAAAUGGGGAGAGAAUAUUCGUAUCGGUGCGGUUACGGCCGUUAAAUGGGAGAGAAAUUGUAACAAAUGAUGUAUCGGAUUGGGAGUGUUUUGGUGAUAAUACAGUUAUAUACAAAAAUGUCAAUCUUAGUGUUCCUGAACGAUCCAUGUAUCCGUCUGCGUAUACUUUUGACAGGGUUUUCGGUUAUGAUUGUUCAACAAGGCAAGUGUAUCAAGAUGGAGCAAAGGAUGUCGUGUUAUCGGUUGUUGGUGGUAUCAAUGCGAGUAUUUUUGCGUAUGGGCAAACAAGCAGUGGCAAAACGUUCACGAUGACUGGAAUCACCGAGUAUACUUUAGCAGAUAUAUAUGAUUAUGUACAAAAGCACCCCGAUCGGGACUUUCAUUUAAAAUUCUCAGCCAUGGAGAUAUAUAAUGAAUCUGUCAGAGAUCUACUUAGUAAUGAUGGCUAUCCACUUAGACUUUUAGAUGAUCCAGAGAGAGGAACAAUUGUUGAGAACCUCACAGAGGAAAGUGUCAGGGAUUGGGAUCAUGUGAUGGAGUUACUUUCCAUCUGUGAAGCUCAGAGACAAAUUGGGGAGACAUCACUAAACGAAACUAGUUCUAGAUCACAUCAAAUAAUCAGACUGACUAUUGAAAGUACACCCCACAACUAUAUAGGCAGGGAGAGCGCAAGCACACUUGUUUCUACUGUGAACUUCGUUGAUCUUGCUGGAAGUGAGCGUGCAUCCCAGUCAUUGACAGCCGGUACAAGAUUAAAGGAGGGCUGCCACAUAAAUCGCAGUCUAUUAACUUUGGGAACUGUAAUUAGAAAGCUAAGUAAGGGACGAAAUGGACACAUACCGUUCAGAGAUUCAAAGUUAACCCGGAUAUUGCAAUCUUCGUUAGGAGGCAAUUCAAGAACUGCAAUCAUCUGUACCAUGAGCCCUGCAAGAAGUCAUGUUGAGCAAUCAAGAAAUACGCUUCUGUUUGCAAGUUGUGCCAAGGAAGUCAGUACUAAUGCUCAGGUAAAUACCAUCAUGUCGGAUAAAGCUUUAGUAAAACAUCUGCAAAGAGAAUUGGAUAGAUUAGAAAACGAGUUGAAAUCUCCUGGACCCAAGCAUAUAGCACCAGAUACCGCUGCCUUGUUGCGUGAGAAGGACCAUCAAAUUGAAAAGAUGCAAAAACAAAUAGACGAAUUGAUAGUUGAAAGAGACGAUGCUCGAACUCAGGUUCAGGAUUUACUACGAGUGGUUGAAGAUAAUGAAACUUCAUUGAUACGGUUAGGUCCAGAUGAAUACCCUCACCUGCGAGUGCAGAUAGCAUCUGAAGCUGAAAAUUAUAUGCCAGAGACAUCAAUUGUGGUAGAUCCUCGUCAGUCAUUCGAUGGAAGUGUUAGAACUCUCGGCUCAAGCCACUACUCUCCCAGGCGUAGUGAGAGCAGUUAUGAAGAAAAUUACAUACAAGUUACUGAUUUUGAGGUCAACUCUCAUCCUGACGGUACUCCAUUAAGGCCAAUGGUCAGAGUCACAGAAAUGAGCGAAACCGACUCGUGUCAUGAUUGGGAUGAUGUUGACGAGAAAAGUAAUGGAACUUCUCAUGAGUUAUGCAAAGUGGUUCGGUGCAUUGAAUCAGAGGAUUUGGUUCCAAAGGUAUAUGUAGAAUCAAAUUGUUCAUCACCUGAUGCAAAGAUUAGGGUUCCUUCUCAUGCAUUGUUUCAUGAGGAUCAUAUCGAGAAUGAGGACAAGAUCACUCCUAAAAUGGAAUGUAUGUCACCUAAAUCAAAUAGGGAUAGAAAAGUAACAUCAAUAAAGGAAGAUGGAGAACUGGUUUUGUCAUUGAAGGGAGAUAAUAUCGGGCAUCCACACAAAGAUAGGCAAUCAGAAUCUCCGUCUCCAAACAAAAAUAAUUCUUUGCUAGAGUUUCCACAAAGCUUCAAGUUACCAAAAAGUAGGAGUUGUAACGAGGGUGUACAUGCUACAUGGCUUGACAAGCUAGAAAACAACACACCACCACAUGGUUACGAGCAAUGCUACACUGGAAGACCUUUGGGUUUUCCUAUCAAAAGUUGUACUUUCAACAAUGGUGUAGAAUUUGAAAAGGGUAUAACCACUGAUCAUAACAGUAACGGAGCAGAAAAGAAGAUCUCCAUCGAACAAGAAGAUUCAUCAAUCACAAGUUCACUGACUUCCACAACUAAAGGUCCUACUGCCGAAGCCCAGGAUGACAAGCAAGUUGAAGAUACUCAAAUUACAAGCAUCGAGAGGAUAAAGAGUGUAAAAAGCAUUGGUUUGGAUCCAAUAGAAGAUUGUUUCAGAGCUGCAUCAUGGCCCUCAGAGUUCAAGAAGCUGCAGAAAGAGAUUAUAGAACUAUGGCAUGACUGCAAUGUGUCCCUUGUGCACAGAACUUACUUUUUGUUGCUAUUCAACGGUGACCCAACCGACUCCAUUUACAUGGAGGUUGAACGCAGACGGUUAACCUUCGUAAAAGACAUGUUCUCUCGUGUUAAUGCCGCCGUUGACGAUGGCCGCACUAUCACACGUUCUUCAAGUGAAAGAGCACUACGCCGUGAAAGAGAGAUGCUGACAAAACAAAUGCACAAGAAACUGACAGAGCAAGAGAGGGAGAGCCUGUUCCUGAGGUGGGGGAUCGGGCUGCAGACAAAGUAUAGAAGAAUUCAGCUGGCCAACAAGUUAUGGAGUCAGGUUGAUGACAUGGACCAUGUGGCUGAUAGCGCUGUUGUUGUGGCUAAGCUGUCAGGACUCAUAUCAGACCCUGGUCAUGCCCCUAAAGAGAUGUUUGGGCUAAAUCUCACACCUCAACAAUCCAGGAAAAGUUACAGCUUCAAACGUAGCUUAAUUCCCCUUUUGUAAGAUCGGUUCCGGGAGAAAAUUCAACAAGCUAAAUAGCUAGUAAUUCAUCUUAUAGAUCUCUAAAAAACUUAACUUGGAUGUUCAACUUCUGAUUAUAGUAGGGUAAGUGCUUGUAAAUUCAGGAUAUUAUGGUGUAUAAGGGUAUUGACUGUAUUGUGCAUUGUUUGUUCAUUAUUUGACCUUAGUAUUCUUGUUUGAUUCUUUACUA